CAUCUUACUAUGCAUGUUCCGGUGGACCGUGGAGAGAAGAUAAACUUCGCGGUGGCCCACUGGUGAGACGCCAUGGACGAGCGACGCACUGUUACCGGGGCAGAUUCAUCAGCGGCGGCGUCAUCCUCCCCCAAACCGCUUCUUUCUUUAGCAACACCCGCUGUGGAGUCGCGAUCGCCCAGCGAGGCUUUGCUCUUUGCACGCCUACUCUCGUCCGUUGUUGAUCCUGCCUUUGACUUUUCUCCUGUUUGUUGUCUUCUUCCACUUUUCAUCUUCUGCUGUCUUCUUCCUCCAUAUCCAGAUACCCCGUACAUGAGGCCCUUCGAAUUCACCUUGAGCUGCAUUCAUCUCGCAGCGGAUCGGCAUCUCAAUCAUCUAUCGACGACUUUAGUUCUCGAUCUCAUACCACGCCGUUGAUCCCCACACCCGCCGCGACCGGAUCGCCUCCAUUGCAGCGCUUCCAACACCAUCACCAUGCGGUCCCGAGCAUCCGUCAAGCCGUCGCAAUACCCUCCGAUCCCGUUUCAUACCAUUCGUGCGACUGGUCUGAUUUCCACUUUCGUCGUGGGCAUUAUCCUGGCCGUAUUCAUUGUCCAACUGCAUAACAAUAACUACAAACUCCCCUGGGCCUUCUUAAUUCUCGUCAUCGCAACAGUCCUCUCCCUCCUAAACUUCAUCCUCACCACUCUCACCCACUGCUGCUAUGGCCUCUCCCCGCGCCUCAACCUCACCACCAACAGCAUCGUCCUCGUGCUCUGGCUCAUCGCCCUCGGCCUCUUAAGCUGGAGCAUGUCCCACACGAUCCUCACAACCUGCAACACCACCUACUGGGGCACCUCAACCGGAAUCAAUGUCUGCCGGAUCUACAAAGCCCUCUUCACCUUCACCAUCGUCGCCGCGACCGCUCACCUCGCCGGCGCCGUUCUCGACGUCAUGGUCUACAGACGGCAAACCCGUCUUGGCGAAUACGAUCCAAUGGCCAGCAGCACCGCCCUAAAUGACUACAAAAUGCACAACCGCUACAGCAGCGCCAUGUCCGGUGGUGCUGGUCCAUACUCAAACGAUGAAUCCCUCUACAACCAGCAGCCCCAUGCCCCCGAGAAUCUGUACCAGAACGCCCCUGAGCCGAUGUACCACCCGAGCCAGCGCAUGCCCCCUCCGCCCGCGUACGGAGCCAGUAGCCUGGAACAACACCAUGCCGGCGAGGCGGAGGAGUACUCGGACACCGCACCGACACAGGGACAGCGUCGGAAGCCGAGAGUGAGGUUUAGUGCUUAUGGGGCGUCUUCGGGAUAUAGUCACCCCUCGGAGCAGACGAGUUACGACCCGGCUGCGUAUCGGUGAAAUGAUCGCGCGAGCCAUACAACAAUACUUGUUGCUUUCGUGUGGAACGAGGCACGAAAACUUUGGGAUCAUCUCCCAACUCUAUACUGAGAACCUUACUGGCUUCCAUGCUAUUCGAACUGAUGUGCUACGAUCUUGCAUUGUAAAUGGUAUAGUUCCUUGACUUGGAUAGGUUCAUAUGCUGGCGGGCGUAAUGCAGGGGUUUCUUUUUUUCAGCGAUGUCAUUUGAUCUUGUCUUCAUAUAGGAUGUUAUUGUGUGUAUCAUCAUAGAUACCAGAAUUUGACUAUACAAUAAGUGCUUCCGUUUCUGCUGCUCGGUUAGGUCAAAGAUUAGCUUGGC